GGAACCUGACCCCUACAAGACUGAGUACUACAACCUCAAACAAACACACAAGCAAGUCUAGUGAAAAAUGUUUCACUUCUUCCUCCUUGCUCUCUUCUUCAUCUCCUCCUCUUCCCCUUCUCAUGGUGCUGUCCAAGAUUUCUGUGUAGCUGACUACAAGGCCCCAGAAGGCCCUGCAGGUUACUCCUGCAAGACACCUUCAAAAGUCACUGUUGAUGACUUCGUGUUUAACCUCGGCACGCCUGGUAACACCUCCAAUAUCAUCAAGGCUGCAGUGACUCCAGCUUUUGCAGCACAAUUCCCUGGGGUGAAUGGGCUUGGGAUUUCCAUUGCUCGUUUAGACAUUGCACCUGGUGGUGUCAUUCCAUUGCACACUCAUCCAGGUGGAUCAGAGGUGCUAGUGGUGAUUCAGGGCUCCAUCCUUGCUGGAUUUAUCUCUUCUUCUGCUAAUGUUGUUUACCUGAAGACACUCAAUAAGGGUGAUAUCAUGGUCUUCCCAAAAGGGUUGCUUCAUUUCCAGGUGAAUGCAGGUGGGGUUACGGCCAUUGCUUAUGUUAGCUUCAGUAGCCCAAGCCCUGGUCUCCAGAUACUAGAUUUUGCAUUGUUUGCCAAUGACUUGCCAUCUGCUCUUGUCGAGAAGACAACAUUCCUUGAUGAUGCUCAGGUGAAGAAGCUCAAGGCUGUCCUUGGUGGUACUGGCUAGUUAAUCUCUCUCUGGAGAAUGCAGAUCUUUCCUUCUCCCCCUCCUUUUCUUUCUUUUUUCUUCUUCUUUUCCUCUAGCUAGUUUCCUUUCUUUCUUCUAAAGCUAAGCUACUAAGGAUCCUUGCUAUUGAUAUUGUAAGUGCUGAGCACUGAUCUUCUACUCCAUUGUAACAGUAGACUCAGUCUUUCCUUUGCCUCUCUAAUUGAGAAAAUCAAUUAAGCUUAUGGUUCAUUGUUCUUUAAA